UCUGUCAGGCUGAUUUGCAUAUAAAUUUUUGGGAAAACCAGAAAGAGAAAAGGGUUUUCUUUCUUUUGAGUGCAUUUGGUCCUUGAACACCAAAUAGACACACACACACACACACACACACACAAAAAAAAAAUAUCUUUGUUUAUAUUGGCAGGAUGUUCAGCUAUCAUGGGAGAAGUUGAAGGUUGAUGGGUUUUGGUAACUUUUCAGCAUGUAUCUCUAUAUUUAGCAAUAUUUAACACUAUACACACUUAACAAACAGUGGAAAUUAGAUAUUAACUAAUACCUAAACAUGGUUUGAACCACAUUUAGCUUCAAAAUCUUACAAGCCAUUGCCUCCUCGCAAUAACUUAAUGACAGCAGCAGUAAGAGACUAAACGCUUGUGACUAAAACGUACUCCUAUAAACUGAACUAAUUUGUUGACUUGCUCUAUUUAGAUGCCUUUUCCAGGUCAUAACCACAAAAAGUUACAUUCAGCUGUUGAAAAACAAGGACAAAGCCUCGAAGACGGUAGAAGAGCUCGCUGGGUCUGUCCAUCUGAAACAUCUGCAGUAAGGGAGGUUGAAUGCGAGGAGCAGCACGGGUAAAUUAUUGAUUGGGACAGUCCUGCUAUAAAAGGAGACGCCGCCUGGGUUCUGCUCCUUGUCUUCAAAACGCCAAGAUGAGCUACGGAUCCGACAUCUACUCCGCCUCUUCCUACCGGAAGAUCUUCGGGGACUCCACCCGCUACUCAGCCUCUCCAUCCCGGCUGAGCAGCUCCCGGAGCGGCUUUAAGUCCCAGCCCACGACCCGCUCCAGCACCCCAAGCUCCUACAAGCGCACCACCCGAUCUGCCUUCCCAUCUUCAUCCUUGACUCUGGAAAGCUUCGACUUCACCCAGAGCACAGCGCUUAAUAAUGAGUUCAAAAUCAUCCGCACCAACGAGAAGGAGCAGAUGCAAGGGCUCAAUGACCGUUUCGCGAUGUUCAUCGAGAAAGUUCGCAAUUUGGAGCAGCACAACAAAGUGCUGGAAACCGAGCUCGUGACCCUGCGCCAGCGCCAGACAGAACCGUCCCGUCUGGCCGAGCUCUACCAGCAGGAGAUCCGAGAACUGCGCUCCCAGCUCGAGGAACUUAACGCGGAGAAGAACCAGAUGAUGUUCGAGCGCGACAACAUUGAGGAAGACCUCCAGAAACUCCAGGAGAAGUUCGAGGAGGAGAUGAGAAUGCGCGAGGAGGCUGAGCAAACGCUUAGAGCUUUCAAGAAGGACGUGGACAACGCCACCAUGGUGCGCCUAGACCUGGAGAAGAAGGUCGAAGCCCUUCUGGACGAGAUCAACUUUAUGAGAAAGGUGCACGAGGAGGAGGUGACUGAGCUCAUGAACAUGAUCCAGGCUGCCCAGGUGUCCGUGGAGAUGGAAGUGGCCAAACCCGACCUCACCUCCGCCCUCAAGGAGAUCCGCGGUCAGUACGAGGUCAUGGCGAACAAGAACUUGCAGUCCGCCGAAGAGUGGUACAAGUCCAAGUUCGCCGAUCUCAGCGAUCAGGCCACCAAGAGCAACGAGGUCAUUCGCGCCAGCAGGGAAGAGCUCAACGAGUUCAGGAGGCAGCUGCAAUCCAAGACCAUCGAGAUCGAGAGCCUAAAGGGCACCAACGAAUCGCUGGAAAGGCAGAUUAAUGAGAUGGAGGACAGGCACAACGCUGAGGCCAUGGGCUACCAGGAUACAAUUGGGCAGAUGGAGAAUGAGCUGAGGGCGACUAAGAGUGAGAUGGCCCGUCACCUUAGGGAGUACCAAGACCUGCUGAAUGUCAAGAUGGCGCUUGACAUAGAGAUAGCUGCUUACAGGAAACUGUUGGAAGGGGAGGAGACACGUAUCACCACUGGGAUAAGCUACCCCACCCCCGCCUCAAUGUCCAGCUACAGCUACCAGUCCCGUAUGUACGGCAGCUCUAGCGUUAGUGGAAAGAAGGAGGUCAAGGAUGAUGACGACAAACAUCAGCAGAGCAGCAAACCCGGCAAAGGCUCGUCCCAGUCCGACGACUCCAAGAAGAGUGACAAGAUCGACUCUGGAGACGUGAACCCCACCAACCAGAAAAACUAAACAUCUCAACCCUCUUUCUUUCUUCCUCUCCUCCCUCUGCCUUCUCCAUUACCCUCUUUUCCCUUUUCCCGAGCAACCCCCCUCCACAAAGGGGGUCUCAGAGAGGAAUCUACCAUAUUUCAACUUAUUCUCCACUAAAGCCCCGUUCACACCAAGCACAGUAGCUAUAAAGAUAAUGAUAAAGAUACGGUUCUAAAAAUCGUUCUCAAUAUUAAAGAAUAGCAGAGUCCACACCACAACUAUAACGAUAAAAGCACAGAGAAACGAUAUUGUUGGAAUCACUUUCAGAAGCACUUUUUCCAGCUGAUGAACGAUAAAAACAUUGACACCCAAUCAGAAUCCAUCCUGCUAUAACAAGCUCGCGAAUUUAAAGCGGCAGAUGCGCGAGUGUAUAAAAUAAACAGACGAUAUCGUUCGCUGGUGUGGACGCUAAUAUCGUUAUCUUUAUAGUUAUCGUUCACCUCCCACUCAGUCACAGGCAGCAGUCCUUCUGUAGCAAACCACUUACUACUCAAUACACACUCUUCGAUGCAUACUGUAUGUUCUCUGUUUCCAGGGCUGCACUGUGAGUCUUAUCGCCACUUUUAACUGCACUAAAACAGGCUUCUCUCAGCACAUUGCGUUAAACAAAAUGUCUGUGUGUUUAGCUUUGGUGAAGGUAGCUUAUUGUGCUGCAGUGCAAAGCCUGCACAAAACUUGACUUGCAAUAAUAUUUUCUGUUUUACAAUAUAAGCUGAAAACAAAGCAGUUAUUGUUGUCUUUGAAUCAUGCCAGCCCUAGUAAUAAUGGCAUCUAGGAGUAUCUGCAUCAGAAUUGCAUCUCCAGUUAACUUCUCAGCAUGCUCAUAAUGCAUUCUUGCCAAAAAUUAAAUGAAUAAAAAUCUGAAACUAGACAUGUAUAGUUUCGAAAACACUCCACCCAGCCAAAUUCCUCUCCAAGACUGCUCUUGAUUCCAUUUUUAAACACAUUCUACCCACUUGCCCUUAAAAAGCAACAAGGAUUUGAGCCUAAUAGCAAGUCCUCACUGCAUGAGGUGUUUCUGCUGUUUGCAUGGUGACUGUAUGUGGGUCCAAGAGAAGUUUACCUAUACUUUCAUAGCGGUGUGCCUGCCAUUCCUCUCAGUACUUAAGGCUGCAUUAGUUCACCAGCCAAUGGGCAAGACUGAGAGCAAAAUGUUACACAGUACUGCUGAAGCCUUUCACAUGCUGCUAAAUGCUUGUGAUUAAUACAAAUUCUGACAAAUACUUUAUAGCCAAUCGAGUCAGGGCACUUAAUUGUAUGUAAACAGCAUCUCAUCCAUAUCAACUGUCAGAAUGAAGGAAUAUGGAAUGAUUGGGAAUACAUUGUAAAAACAUGGUCAAUAGAAAUAUAGUGUGAGUGUGAAACAAGAAAUAGAAAGAAAGGGCUUGUUUGAGCCAGCAUUAAGUUCAGUUUACCUUGCUGCUUCUGAGUCCAGAAUUGGUUGCGUUUGGGCGGCUGAUACAAAUAUUAUGAAUUUGUUAAGAAAAGUAACAGUAUAUACUUAGAAGUUAGAAAAUGCAUUAAUAUUUCAACAUUUUACUUGUGGAUGCCUGAAGCACAUUUACAGAGUGGAAAUGCUAUCAUUAGCACAACUAUUCACAAUGCAUCUCAAACACCUAAACAUCAUACUUGAAUCUAGUGUACUCUCAUACAAAGAAGUGCACUGUCACAGUGAACCUCCGUUAACCAUGGGUCAACAAUGAAUCCCUUUGGUUAACUUACGUAUAUUAAAAGGUAAUGCUAGUGAAAUAUCUUCAUAACACUUCUGCUACACUGCCAGGUUUUGAUACCACUUGCCUCUAUGUCAUGGCUUUGUUAAGCCUGACUUGCUGCACUCUUUCUAUAGACAGUUUGAACAGAUUGAUAAAGUUGGGCUCACUUUAAGUACUAUAUGAUGGGAAAUGAAGUGAAUGGAUUUCUUUCUCUAUCGGAAUUCAUUUUUCCGAUGAACACUGUGACAUCGGCAUGCUUAGCUGCGAGGGAAUGUCAGGCAAAUCUGGAAUUUUGUCUUUACGUUCUCACAGAUGCUCCUUAGGCCUGGUAUCCUGGUAAAUCUGAACAUUUUGGGAUUGCUCUGCCGGUUUUGGGAGAGCGAAAGAUGAUUGCAGAAAGCAUAGUGACACAAUGCAGUUUGAAGAAGGAGAAUUUCAAACCUGCACUGCCAAACUUUUGUAAUGCAUGUGCAAUCAACAUCCCACCAUAAAAACUGCUUUUACACCAAUAUAAAACAAUCCAUCUAAAACAUGCUACUGUUUAUGUAUGAAUGCUCUCGGUUAUAAAAAAAAUGCCUUAAGCCACCAGCAGCUUUCUGAAUCUGGCAGGAUGUGCAUUAACCUGUUAUUUCUGCUAAGAAUGUGACUUUGUUUGCUAUUUAGUGUGUAGGGGCCACUGUGUACUGGAUGACUGAAAACUUUAGGAGCUGAAUGUAGUUGAUGUAAUUUCUAUUUAGUCAUUAUCUUACUGCUGUAUGGCACAUGACCAAUAAAGACUUGACAUUAUGA